AAAAAAUUUGGGGGGCUCGUCUUGUUUCGAGGUCCUGGAAGAUGUUCUGUAAGUCUAAGGGUAGAAAAGAAAUAGUUUUUGCCAAAGAUAUCCACAUUAGAUGGAAUAGUACAUACAAAUUGAUUCACCAGAUUCUAAAAUAUAAAGAGGAACUUGCUGAAUUUUUUAGGGAUGAACUUCGUAUAAUCAUUGAUCCUUUUGAAUUUGUUAUUGUUGAAAAAUUGAAUGCCGUAUUAGAAGUUUUUAAUAACGCAACUCUUACUUUUUCUCAUGUUUACCAACCAACUACAAAUACAUUUUUAAAAGAGUGCGUUACAAUCGCAACAUGUUUUCGUGAAAGUAAGGCUGAUCCAGAUUUGUACCCAUAUGUCUCUCCUAUGAUACAAAAAUGGUGUGCUUAUUAUUUGUACAUUCCUGAUAUUUAUAAAAUAGGGAGUAUCAUAUACGCACUCACAAUUAAGUAUUAACGGGUGAAUGAAAGCGCUAACAAAUUUCAGCUUGGCCUAACAAUUUCCCUCCAAAAAGCCUCUCGCUCGACUCUCUUCGCUUUGAUAACUGUUUCCCCUCCGAGCCCUUAUUGCCGGUGGAAUUUGCUAUACAAAUGAUAAUUGACGAAAUAAACUCGCCGGAUCUCCGGCGAAUCGGCCACGAUGAUCCUCAAUUUCACAUAUGCUAUCAAAUGGAGUUAUCAAUCAAGGAAAUUGAGCGUCAUCCGCCCGGAAAGCCCUUGCCGGAGACCCUCUCCACAGAACUCCAGCGCUGUAUUAUUCAACUGUCUCCGCUCGUACCGCUUCCCAACUCAGUCAAGCUGCAGAUAUGGAAGCUCAGCUACCGCCUCUGGAACGCCUGUGUGGAUCUCUCUAACGCCGCAGGAGUCAAAUCCUCCGCCUACAAACUCAACGAAGAACACGCGAAACUGCGGCAAGCCUCCGCGGACCUACUCUUCCUCGCCUGUGAUGUCUCUGGUAUUCCCUCACCCGCUUUUAAAACCGCAUCCUUCUUCUAUAAGACCGGCCUUAUUUGGCACGAGCUUAAGAAGUUUGACCUCGCUAACAAUUGCUUCGAGAAAGCCACUGAUCUAACAUCCAAAAUAAAAAUCAGUUCAAUUUCAGAUGACGAUGAAAAAAGGCUUUUACUAGACAUAAAUAUUGCUCGAGCGCGAACAGCUUGGGAGGUUUCCGAUCGAAAUUUGUGCAUCACUUUGUUAAAUCGGUCAAAAAACCUACUGUUUGGAGUUGCGGAGAAUUACAAAGCUUUAGCAAACCAGUACAUGAUAUUUGCAAAGACUCUAAUGUCGAAAGGUGAAGUUUCCGGAGUGAAUGAAGAAACAAAAUUGAUGAAUGAAGCAUUGGAGUUAUGUGAGAAAGGAUUGAAAAUAGUGAAAGGGGUGGAGGAGAAAACAGCUUUGAAGGAUCUGAAGUCAAAGACACUUAGAUUUAUGGCUGCAUCUCAUUUGCAGAGAGAUGAAUUUGAGAGUGCAUUGAGGUGUGUGAAGUUUUUGAGAAGCGGUGAGAGAGAUGAGCAUCCUAGUUUGAGUGUGCUGGCCAUGAAGGCUUGGUUGGGGUUGGGCAGGUUCGUAGAAGCAGAGAAGGAGCUAAGGGGGAUGGUAUUAGAUAAUGGUAUUCCAGAAGGAAUUUGGGUUUCAGCAGUAGAGUCCUAUUUCCAAGCAGUAGGGGCUGCAGGGGCUGAGACUGCAAAGGGGGUGUUUCUUGGACUUUUGGGAAGGUGUCAUGUCAGUGCCGGUGCAGCACUAAGGAUUGUGAAUAAGGUGAUAGGAGACGGUGGGUGCGAUGGAAAGGAUGCAAGUGUGAGGGCAAAGGUGGUUGCUGAGCUGGCAUCUGAUGACAGAGUGGUGGAACUCUUUGCUGGAGAGGCAGCUGCCAAGGAGAGGACAGCCAUGCAUGCUAUUCUAUGGAACUGUGCUGCCGAACAUUUCCGUUCAAAAAAUUACCAGAUCAGCGCAGAGAUUUUUGAGAAGUCUAUGCUGUAUGUUCUUUAUGAUAUGGAGGGUAGAACUAUCAGGGCAAAUGGAUAUAGAGUUUUGUGCCUUUGUCAUCUAGGCCUCUCACAGCCUGAUAGAGCUGAAGAGUACAUUAAUGAGGCUGACAAGCUUGAACCAAAUAUAGCUACUGCCUUCCUAAAGUUUAAGGUGUACCUACAGAAGAAUGACAACAAUGCUGCCACCUCCCAGUUGCAAGCAAUGUUGAGUUGCCUAGAUUUCACCACUGACUUUCUCUUCCUAGCUGCUCAUGAAGCCACUGCUUCCCACUCUCUUCCAGUUGCCAUAGCUUCCUUUUCCCACAUCUUAGACUUAUAUUCUGCAGGGAAACCAAUGCCAACUACUGAGGUCGUAACAUUCCGGACCUUAGUGGCACUUCUAUCUCACGACCAUAACAAUGAUUCUAUCAUCCUCAAACAGAUGAGACGAGCUCACGGUAGAAUGUGUGACCUUGGGCCAAAAGCCUUUUUUGGGAAAGGCGAGGCUGGAAAACGUGAAAAAAAUUGGUUUUCAGUGAAUGCUUGGAAUUCUGGGGUAAGAUCUGGAAAGGAAGAAAAGUAUGACUUAUGUGCAGAGUUCUUUAGACUUGCAUCGGAAUUUUAUAAUGCUGUGACUGAUGAAGAAACAGAAGGGAACAAUAUGAUGGUUUGCCAGUCACUGAUUUUGUCUGUUUCUGCCAUUAUUGCUGAUGAGAAGCACAAACAUGGUACACUCACGGAAACUGAAGUCAAGCAGGCCAUCACAUUGCUUGAAACGGUGCAGAAGAUACUAAAGUCAACUGCAGGUGAAUCCGACAAUCUGUUAGAAACGAUUGGACACAACUUUCUCUUUGCAUACACAUGGAGUGCAUACGAUCUGUACGGGAGGUUGGAUGGAAUGGGUCACCAACAGCUUCUCCUAAUAAAACAGUAUGUCAACUCAAAGACCAGCACCCCGGACCAUCUCCUCCAAAUAGGCCUAGAUGCCUCACAAGGGCCGCGGUCAAACCAAGAAGUAGCGUCAUUUGUACUGAACACGUGCCUCUCUGCCCUCCUGGCUGCCCCACUGCCCGAUUACGCCACGGUCGCACUCGUCCUCAGAAAACUGAUCUCCCUGGGGACCGUCUGGAAGGGUGACACGCGCGAUGACAGCGUGAUGGAAAUGUACAGGCAAGCGUACAGGAUCAUGGUGGGGCUGAAGGAAGGGGAGUAUCCGGUUGAAGAAGCGAAAUGGCUUUCCAUGACUGCGUGGAACCGGGCAGCGGUGCCCGUAAGGCUGGGGCAUACUGAAACCGCCAAGAAGUGGAUGGGUAUGGGGUUGGAGUUGGCGAGGAUGGUUCCCGGGAUGCAGGCUUAUAUCUCAUGUAUGGAAGAGUUUGUUGCUGGGUUUGAAGAGGGAGUUCAGGAGAAGAUGGACACUGGUAAAAGCAGUGCUGUAUUAGUCAGCUGAAUCUGAUUCUCAUUUAGUGCAGAUAGUGAAAGAUUCAUCAGUGAAUGAUUUUUGUCAAAGUAUCAGUUGGCCAUCACUCGCCCCAUAUCCCCUGUCCUUUGUCAUGUUAUAGCCAGCUUUCAUUGUGUUGUUGGGCACAAUGUUGUUACUAGUUGCAAUGCAAACAUAUAAGUAAGGCUUUUAAAUUAGAAUGUACCCCAACUUUUAGACGUACUAGUAUCACACCAGUGCAUUGCACGACUCAUAUUUAUAUUAUGAAAAUAUAUUGGUGUCAUUAUUGAAGAAUAGAAAUGGACUGUAUGAUGAAAAAUAAAGCUGUAAAACAUUA